AUGCAUGCAUUUGCUGAUGCAGUGGUUGGUGUUCCCGGUGAGGGAUUAAAUGUCGAGCAACGCAAAAGACUCACAAUCGGUGUUGAACUGGCUGCAAGGCCCCAACUUCUCUGUUUCCUUGACGAGCCUACUUCUGGUCUGGAUAGUCAGACGUCAUGGUCUAUUAUCUCUUUGAUGAGGAAGCUCACACAAAGUGGUCAGGCCAUUCUUUGUACUAUUCACCAGCCCUCUGCUAUGUUGUUUCAGCGUUUCUACCGCUUGCUUCUACUUGCCAAAGGUGGAAAGACAGUCUAUUUUGGUGACAUCGGUGACGACGCACGAACCCUGUUGAAUUACUUCGCUCGCAACGGCGCCCCACCGUGUCCUAAAGGAGCAAAUCCCGCGGAGUAUAUGUUAAAUGUUAUUACUGGGUCAUUUGAUUCUGCGUCAAACCUGAACUGGCCGGAAAUUUGGAACAACAGUCCCGAACAAAAAGCUGUGCAGGAUCAUCUCCAAGACCUGAAACAAGGCAUAUCUGUGUCCAGUGCAGUGCCCAAUUACUCAACAGGUAGUGGGGAAUUUGCGGCAGUUUUUAGCGAACAACUCUGGCAAGUUACGAAGCGUUUGUUCCAGCAGUACUGGCGAAAUCCCGGGUAUAUAUACUCGAAAGCCGUGCUGACUGUUGGAGCGGCACUGUUUAUUGGAUUUUCAUUCCUUAGAGCUCAAUCUACCCAACAAGGCCUUCAGAACCAGCUGUUUGGUGUCUUUAUCUUCCUUGCAGUCGCUUUGCAAAUGGUCACGCAAAUCAUUCCGGUCUUUGUUACGCAGCGUACAUUGUACGAAGCGCGUGAGAGACCUUCCAAAACAUACAGCUGGAAGGCAUUCAUGUUGGCAAAUAUAUUUGUCGAGCUCGCUUGGAACUCACCAACCGGUCAGGUGCACUCUCGAGGAACACUAGCAUGCUUAUUUAUCUGGGUGUGCAUGUUGUGGUCCAGCAGCCUCGCGCAUUUACUCAUCGCAGGGCUUGAGACUGCAGAUGCCGCUUCUGGCCUUGCGACGAUCAUAUUUGAGCUCCUCUUGCUAUUUUGCGGAGUCAUUACCACUCAUCAAGCCCUUCCUGGUUUCUGGAUCUUCAUGUACCGAAUUAAUCCCUUGACGUACCUCAUCAGCGGCCUACUGUCAACCUCCCUAGCCAAUGCACCAAUGACGUGCGCAUCAAACGAGUACCAGGUUUUCAAUGCCCCAGAGAACCUGACGUGUGGAGAGUACAUGAAAGGGUUUACAUCCUUGGCAGGUGGGUACUUGGUUGAUGAGGAAGCUCGGACGUGCCAGUACUGCCCAUUUACAAGCACAAAUGUGUUUCUGCAUCAUUACGACGCGGACUUUGAAUCGCGGUGGAGGAACUUUGGAAUUCUCUGGGCCUUUGUCACAUUUAACAUCAUUUCCGCAGUGGUGCUCUACUGGGCGACGAGGGUACCGAAGAACUGGAAGAAGAAAUAG